AUGGUCAAGAAUUGCUGCGAGGUUGACGACCUGGAGAAGCUGAUUGACCACGUGUUUCCGAGUCUAGAUGACAACAUGGCAGAUUCGAGUUACAUGACAUCUCGCGCAAUCCUUUCCACGACAAAUGACAACGUCGACAAGAUAAACAUCCGCAUGAUAGAGCGUUUCCACGGAGAUGAAGUAAUCUACCAUAGCUUUGACAGUGCAGAGGAUGACCCAUAUGGCUACUACGCUCCUGAGUUUCUGAACGGAUUGACCCCCAAUGGUCUUACUCCGCAUGCACUCAAACUAAAGCUGAAUUGCCCGGUGAUACUUCUAAGGAACAUUGAUCCAGCUAAUGGGCUGUGUAACGGGACUAGGCUUGUUGUUAGAGGUUUUGAGAGGAACACCAUUGAUGCAGAAAUCGUGAUUGGACAACACGCUGGUAGGAGGGUCUUCCUUCCUCGAAUACCUCUGUGCCCAUCUGACAACGACAUGUUUCCAUUCAAGUUUAAGAGGAAGCAAUUUCCUAUAAGGCUUAGCUUUGCUAUGACGAUUAACAAGGCUCAAGGGCAGACCAUCCCAAUUGUUGGUGUGUAUCUACCUAAUCCGGUGUUCUCUCAUGGUCAACUCUAUGUUGCUUUGUCUCGAGCCACCGCGAAGGGAAACAUAAAAAUACUCAUUCAGAUGGAGAAGCCAAAGGAGAAGUCCAACAAGCAACAUAACAAUCCGAAGAAGCGUAAAAGACCGACCGUGUCCUUGCUGACCUCAAUGAAGAACAUCGUCUACAAGGAAGUACUUACAGGCUGA